AUGCACGCCUCCAACUCAACCAUCAAGUUUGCGCACGACACCACAGUGGUAGGCUUGAUUACCAACAAUGACAAGAUCGCCUACAGGGAGGAGGGGUCACACGAGAGGGGGUCACACGAGAGGGGGUCACACGAGAGUCUUUUGAGGAACUCUGGAGCUCUUGGAGUGGGGGUACGGUCCGGGGGUACGGUCCGGAGGAGAGAUGCUGAAUGCCGAUGGAGGACCUCUUGGACCCUUCAUUGCUGCGGGGGUUCCACCGUCUCCAUCCGGAUCGCCCUCGUCCCCGAGGUCGGUGUCGGCACGCUGCUGGAGCCACACGUCAAGGGGGGGGACCAAGCAGGAGCAGCAGGACCUCAGCAUUUUGACACUUUAUUACAAAUGGAGAAAUAUGAAGAUGUUCAAUACUGUUUUCAAGACGGAAACUCUUCUUGCAGAAAGGCUUUUCUAUCGACAUCUAUCUACAUAACACUGUACAACUUCUUCUCAUUGAUUUCAGCAGUUACAGUAUUUUUGAACCUACUGGUGAUCAUCUCCAUCUCUCACUUCAAGCAGCUCCACACUACAACCAACCUGCUCAUCCUCUCUCUGGCUGUGUCAGAUCUCCUGGUGGGACUGAUUGCGAUACCAGUAACGACUGUAGCAAUAUUGGAACCAUGCUGGGGUUUUGGGGAAUAUUUCUGUGUGUUUCAUAUCUACAUAGAUUUUUUGUUUACUUCUUUAUCUCUGGGCAAUAUGGUCUUGAUAUCUAUUGACCGCUAUGUUGCUGUGUGUGAUCCCUUAUUGUACAACUCUAAAAUAACAAUAACAAGAAUUAUGUGUUGUAUAUUCAUUACCUGGUGUUGUUGUAUCAUAUACCGUGCUGCUAUUAUAAAAAACUUUGUAAAUGUACAGGUGCAGAGUAGGUGUUUGAAAGAAUGUUUUCUUUUUGAAGAAAUAACCUGGGGUAAUAUCAUUGACGUUGUUUUUACAAUGGUUGUCCCGUGCUCUGUUAUUAUAACACUUUAUUUGAAAAUCUUUGUGGUCGCCAGAUCACAGGCCAGAAAGGUGUUUUCAAAAGAGGCUGUCAGUGUGUCUGGUGUUAAAACUAUUCAGGCAAAUAAGUCAGAGAGAAAAGCAGCAAAAACUCUUUCUAUUGUUGUUUUCAACUAUUUCAUUUGUUGGAUUCCAUCUCUAUGUUCUUCUUUCUUUCAUUUGUCUUCUUUUAGUGACAAUUUAUCAUUCAUCAUUGGUUUUCUUCCACUUGUUAAUUCUUUUAUCAAUCCAAUCAUUUAUGCUUUCUUUUAUCCAUGGUUCAAAGUGACAGCUAAACAUAUUUUAACUCUGAGGUUAAGGCGUUCAUAG